AUGUCGAAGAAUCGCACCGGCCUCUACCUGGGCCUGGCUGCUGCCGGCGCCGGCGGAUACUACAUGUACCGGGCGGGCGGCAAUGUCGGUAAAGCGAAGAAAGAAAUGAAGUUCGACGCCGAAAAAGCCCGUGAGAAAUUGCCCCAUGGCAACGAGGCUGUGACCAAGGGCGAGGACGUGGGCAAGGAAGCGGGUGCUGCUGUUGAUGAAGCUAUCAACAAUGCCCGCACCAAAACCAAGCUCGAUGAGCGUAUCCCUGAAAUCACCCAGGAUGGCAAGAAUAAGAUCGAUGAAUUUCGCCAGGACACCAGGAACAAGAUCAAUGCUGGCGUCGACAAGGUUGAUCGCACCGUCGAGCAAAAGGCCGCUGAUGCUAAGGGUACGGUGUCUGGCUGGCUUGGAGGCAGGAAAUAG